AUCAGAAAGACAUUUCACUUUCUUUUGCACCAGCUGACAGAGUUUUCAAAACUAACAGAGUAGAUAGAAGUAAUAUUACGUUUACAAAAUUGACACACUAAUCAUAUCCUUCAAUUUAACAUCUGUGAGAAAAAGUGUUCCAUACCCAGUUAGUUUGCAAAUAAAAGAGCGGUUCACGGUUGACAUUAUAAAUAAAACAGUGGAAAUUUCUUAAUGCCAAAAAGUGCGUCUAGCGUCUAGUCAAUUUUUUUUAUAACAUUUGGUUUGUUUGUUUAGUGAAUCACCGAAUAAAUUGUUAUUCACGGGAAAUAUUCGUCUGAUUAGGAACUACCCAGUAUCCAUAAAACGAGUGACGUGUGCCAUUUUUGUGUCAUACAUCCGUAAAUUUUAUUGCGGCUAAUUAAUUGCAAUAUUUUGAGCUGUCACCACUUGCUGUUAGUUGAUCAACUAUACGACUGCAACAUUAAAAGUGUUGAAUAGAAGCUACCUGAACAAAAUAAAACAUGAAUCGUAACUACUAUCCGAAGAACUGGCAUGCCAAUGGCUAUGGUUGGCAUAAUUUAAAAGGAUUAAGCUACGGAAAAGGUGAAACGCAGUCCACUGCAUCGUCAUCCGGAGUAUCGAGCAUGUGUCCGUACCCUGCGGCUUCAGCCUCGCCAAUGCCUUCGUAUACCGGUCCAAAUAUCGGAUUCCAGAUGUCGUAUGGAUUCACUGCCGAUGUGAUGCCAAAUCAAGUGCCAAAUCCAAAUGUACCAAGAGGAUCGCACGAUUCAUCAUUUGAUGGUUCGACUAAAUCGCACCCGAUCGGCUGGGCUCUCAGUCGCGGUGAUUCGGUGCAUUCUAGCGUUGACGAAACUGAGAUUGUUUCGCAAGACGAAAUACCAUGCCAAGCGAUUUUUGUGCCAGACGAUGAAAUGCCAAUAUAUGGAAACUACAACUAUGGGUCGUUGGGUGAAAAAGGAAGCGGCUCACGAUAUGGAGGACAAGUGCAAGACUUCAACACUUUGCGUAGUGAGUGCUUGCAAAAUGGCGUCCUUUUUGAGGAUCCCGAUUUCCCAGCCAUCGAUUCAUCGUUGCAAUUUUCUCGCAGACCUGACCGACACAUCGAAUGGUUGCGUCCCAUGGAAAUAGCUGAUAAUCCCGAAUUUUUCGUUGAAGGAUAUUCCCGAUUUGACGUGCAGCAAGGUGAGCUUGGAGAUUGUUGGCUCUUGGCCGCUGCAUCGACUUUGACACAAGAUCCGAAACUCUUCUUUAGAGUUGUCCCGGAUGAUCAAAGUUUCGAGGAAGACUAUGCCGGUAUAUUCCACUUUAGGUUCUGGCAGUAUGGCCGUUGGAUUGAUGUUGUUAUCGACGAUCGUCUGCCAACGUAUCGUGGUGAACUGGUUUACAUGCACUCAACGGAAAAGAAUGAAUUCUGGAGCGCGUUAUUGGAAAAAGCAUACGCAAAAUUGCAUGGUUCCUACGAGGCAUUAAAAGGUGGCACUACAUGCGAGGCUAUGGAAGACUUUACUGGCGGAGUCACUGAAAUGUAUGAGCUGAAUGAAGCUCCACCGAAAUUGUUUGAAAUUUUGAUGAAAGGCUACGAAAGAAAUUCAAUGAUGGCCUGUAGCAUUGAGCCCGAUCCAUCGGUAUUAGAAGCCGAGACUCCGCAGGGCCUGAUUAAGGGACAUGCCUAUUCAAUAACGAAGGUCGAGUUGAUGGACAUUGUAACGCCGAACACGUCCGGUAAAAUCCCAAUGAUUCGACUACGCAAUCCUUGGGGUAAUGAGGCUGAAUGGAACGGACCGUGGAGUGACCAAUCCCCCGAAUGGAGGUUCAUACCAGAACACGUAAAAAUGGAAAUCGGGCUCACGUUCGACCACGACGGUGAAUUUUGGAUGUCGUUCCAAGACUGGAUGAAAUACUACGAUCGCGUUGAACUGUGCAACUUGAGUCCUGACAGUUUAUCUGAAGAGCAGGUUAGCGGAGGCAAGAAAAAAUGGGAAAUGUCCGUGUUCGAAGGUGAAUGGACCGCUGGAGUGACUGCUGGUGGUUGCCGUAAUUACCUGGACACUUUUUGGCAUAAUCCCCAGUACGUUGUAACGCUCGAAGACCCUGACGAAGAUGAUGACGAAGGCAAUUGCACGGUGAUUAUUGCCCUAAUGCAAAAGAAUCGACGCUCAAAAAGAAACAUGGGCAUGGACUGUUUGACUGUUGGUUUUGCCGUAUAUCGAGUAACCGAAAGAGAUCUAGCCUACAAACCGCUAAGAAUGAAUUUCUUCAAGUAUAACGCAAGCGUGGCUCGAUCUCCGGCCUUCAUCAAUUUGAGAGAAGUAAGCUGUCGUUUCAAACUACCACCCGGCCACUACUUAAUCGUCCCAUCAACGUUCGAACCGAACGAGGAAGGAGAAUUUUUGAUACGCGUAUUCUCCGAAUCGAGGAACCAUAUGGAAGUGAAUGACGAAGAAGUUGGUGUUGGUAAAUUGGAUGAACGGAUCAUACCGGACAUCCCAGAACCAUCGAAACCAACUCCUCAAGUGACAGCACUUGAAAAGUUAUUUAAAGACAUUGCCGGCGAAGACAUGGAAGUCGAUUGGAUGGAGUUGAAACGAAUAUUGGACCACUCUAUGCGUGAAGACUUUGGCCCGCAAUCAACGAACGGCGUACAUGCUACACAAGCUUCCGUACAGGAAUCAGCUGGUUUUAAUGAUAGUGGUGGGGGAGGAGGCAGUGAUACUGGCGGCUUGCUAGCAACAUUUUGUGCGGCUUUUUGUAAAGACAAUCCAUUAGGUGAACAGUUUGGCGUUAAUCAAGCAACAACUGCGCCCACCACUCAGUUGGAGCCGAUUACCUCACAAAUUAUGCAUCAGGAAGGCUUUUCCAAAGACGUUUGCCGAUCCAUGGUCGCAAUGAUGGAUGUGGACGCUUCGGGAAAAUUAGGAUUUGAAGAGUUCAAACAACUUCUCACCGACAUUGCCACUUGGAAGGCUGUGUUCAAAUUGUACGACCGUGAUCAUACCGGCCGUAUUAGCGCUAUGGAUUUACGUGAAGCGUUAAAUUCGGCUGGAUACAAAUUGAAUAAUAGGAUUUUAAAUGCGCUAGCACAUCGGUACAGUGGACGGGAUGGUAUGAUAGCAUUUGACGAUUUCAUUAUGUGCACCGUGAAAAUAAAGACUAUGAUGGAUAUAUUUAAGGAUCGUGAUGUUGACGGCAGUAAUACUGCCUCAUUUAAUAUGCAAGAUUGGUUGGAAAAGACGGUCUACUCUUAGACACAACACAGCAAAUUUUUCGAAUUUUUAUACGUGUUUUACUCAUAAAGUUAAUAGCUUUUCUACAGGAUUGUCUCUGACGUAAAUUUUAUGAAAAUGGUUUUUAAAUGAAUCUCAGUCUGCACAUUGAAUGUAAACGUUUACUUGAAUUUACUUGUCCUUACAACAAAACAGCUUCCAUUUUUUUUCCAUUGUAACUCAAGCUAAUUCGUUCGAACAAAAACCUAUUUAUGAAAACGAAACUUUUUGUCCAAUAAAAUGAAAGUAAAUUUUACUCAAUGUUCCAAAUAAUUCUUGAUAAAAAUGAAAAUAAAAAUUUAUUUACACCAAAAA